CAGUGACAAUAUAUUAAAUAAAAACAAAAAAACAGUAAAAAGAACCAAAAUCGUUUUCCUUAAAAGGCCAAAAAGAAGAACAUUGUAGAAACAAAACCACUAUUGUUUCUGCUUCUUUCUUGGGUGGGUGUCUUCAGAACACUGAAGAACAAAGAGCAAAGAAGAACAAAGAAGAUGAAGAGGGUUCUGUUGCUUCUUGUGUUUGUUGCUUUUGCUUUCAUUGUUAUGGUUCCUGAAGCUUCUGCUAAGAGAUGGCUUGUUGGUGAUAACAUGGGUUGGUCCUCUAGCUAUGGUGUCAACUACACUAAUUGGGCCAAGGGAAAGCAUUUCUACAAUGGUGAUUGGCUAUUCUUUGUGUAUGAUAGAAACCAAAUGAAUGUUCUAGAGGUGAACAAGACAGACUACGAAAAAUGCAAUUCUGAUCACCCUCUUCACAAUUGGACCACCGGUGCCGGAAGAGAUGUCGUUCCAUUAAACGUGACUCGAAACUACUACUUCAUCAGUGGCAAGGGAUUCUGCUUUGGCGGCAUGAAGCUAGCUGUCCAUGUCGAAAACCUGCCGCCGCCACCAAAGGCUUCCCCAGAAGUAGCUGGAGCACCACCGGCGUUGUACUCGAGAAGCCAGGUUGUUCUGUUGCCCGUUGUCUUCGCCGUUGGGGCGGCAUGGGACACAUUCAUUCAUCUUUGGUAGCUAACUUGGUGAAUGGUAUAGUCAAAAUCCGACAAGAACUUUGUGUUCCACCAUUUUUUAAAAAAAAUUAAUCUUUGUUAUUUUUUUACCAAGAAGUAUUGUUGGUUACUUGGUGAAAUUAGUAGUUUGACCUUAAAAUGGGGUUCAACUUUCAAGGAAGGGUGAUUGUUUUUGUUUCAAUUGUUAGGUAGUGUUUGGUGUUUUCUUAAUUUUCAAAAAAGAGAAAAAAGAAGGCAUUAUAUUGUAUUUGUGCUAUGUUCAUGUGUUGUCCAGCAGAAGGCAGAAACUGGUGGCAUUUUUAACUAAUUUGGAGAAUUCAAAUGCGGAAAUUGCGGGAAUGAAUGAUUUUUUUUCUUG